GGAGCAGGUAGUGAGGAGAACCUGCGGCCGACAGACAGACAGACGGACCCUGCAUCGGCAGGUGAGGAGACCACAGCGGACGGACAGACAGACCUGUAUCAGCGCGGCGAGGAGACCCCUGCGGACAGAGGAUCCCUGUAGACAGACACAGGACACCCUGCAGACAGACACACAAGCCAGGCAACUCAGCGCGCCUUGGUACCACGUGACUGAUGCAGGUACUUUAAUGGAGCAGCCACUAUUUCAGCACAUCUUUCAUCUAAUGACUGACAUACACCAGCUCUGAAGCCAGGCAAACAUUUCGUUGGCCAAGCACUGAGCAAUUGUUGGUCCUCACAAUGCUGGACUUCCUGGCUGAGAACAACCUCUGUGGCCAGGCAGUCCUAAGGAUUGUUUCCUGUGGCAAUGCCAUCAUUGCUGAGCUCUUGAGGCUUUCAGAGUUUAUUCCUGCCGUGUUCAGGUUAAAAGAGCGAGCUGAUCAACAGAAAUAUGGAGACAUCAUAUUUGAUUUCAGCUAUUUUAAGGGUCCAGAGUUAUGGGAAAGCAAACUGGAAGCCAAGCCAGACCUACAAGACUUAGACGAAGAAUUUCGUGAAAACAACAUAGAAAUUGUGACCAGAUUUUAUUUAGCAUUUCAAAGUGUACAUAAAUAUAUUGUAGAUUUAAACAGAUACCUAGAUGAUCUCAAUGAAGGUGUUUACAUUCAGCAAACCCUAGAAACUGUGCUUCUUAAUGAAGAUGGAAAACAACUCCUAUGUGAAGCACUAUACCUCUAUGGAGUUAUGCUGCUUGUCAUUGACCAAAAGAUUGAAGGAGAAGUCAGAGAGAGAAUGCUGGUUUCUUAUUAUCGAUACAGUGCUGCUCGGUCUUCUGCUGAUUCAAAUAUGGAUGAUAUUUGUAAACUGCUUCGAAGUACAGGCUAUUCUAGCCAACCCGGAGCCAAAAGACCACCCAACUAUCCUGAAAGCUAUUUCCAGAGAGUGCCUGUCAAUGAGACCUUCAUCAGUAUGGUCAUUGGUCGACUACGGUCAGAUGAUAUUUACAACCAGGUCUCCGCAUAUCCUCUGCCAGAGCAUCGCAGCACGGCCCUGGCCACGCAGGCCGCCAUGCUGUACGUGAUCCUCUACUUCGAACCUUCCAUUCUGCACUCGCACCAAGCAAAAAUGAGAGAGAUCGUAGACAGAUACUUUCCAGAUAACUGGGUAAUUAGUAUUUACAUGGGGAUCACAGUUAAUCUAGCAGAUGCUUGGGAACCUUACAAAGCUGCAAAAUCCGCUUUAAACAAUACCCUGGACCUUUCAAAUGUCAGAGAACAGGCAAGCAGAUAUGCUACAGUCAGUGAAAGAGUACACACUCAAGUUCAGCAAUUUCUAAAAGAAGGUUGUUUAAGGGAGGAGAUGAUUCUGGACAAUAUCCCAAAGCUUCUGAACUGCCUGAGAGACUGUAACGUUGCUAUCCGAUGGCUAAUGCUUCACACAGCAGACUCAGCCUGUGACCCAAACAGCAAACGCCAUCGUCAAAUCAAGGACCAGAUUUUAACAGAUUCUAGGUACACUCCUAAGAUCCUCUUUCAGUUGCUGUUGGAUACUGCACAAUUUGAGUUUAUACUCAAAGAGAUGUUCAAGCAGAUGCUUUCAGAAAAGCAAACCAAAUGGGAGUAUUACAAGAAGGAGGGCUCUGAGCGGAUGACGGAGCUUGCUGACGUCUUUUCAGGAGUGAAACCCCUCACCAGGGUGGAGAAAAACGAAAAUCUUCAAGCUUGGUUCAGAGAGAUCUCAAAACAAAUACUGUCUUUAAAUUAUGAUGAUUCUACUGCUGCAGGCAGGAAAACUGUACAACUGAUACAAGCUUUGGAGGAGGUUCAAGAGUUUCACCAACUGGAAUCAAAUCUCCAAGUGUGUCAGUUUCUUGCUGACACUCGCAAGUUCCUCCACCAAAUGAUACGAACCAUUAAUAUCAAAGAGGAAGUCUUGAUCACAAUGCAGAUUGUUGGAGAUCUUUCCUUUGCUUGGCAGUUGAUUGACAGUUUCACGUCCAUCAUGCAAGACAGCAUAAGAGCUAAUCCGUCCAUGGUGACCCAGCUCAGAGCCACAUUCCUAAAGCUUGCUUCUGCCCUUGACCUACCCCUUCUUCGUAUUAAUCAAGCAAAUAGCCCUGACCUUCUCAGUGUCUCUCAAUAUUAUUCUGGUGAAUUGGUAUCCUAUGUGAGAAAGGUUUUGCAGAUCAUCCCAGAAAGCAUGUUCACUUCUCUUUUGAAGAUCAUAAAGCUUCAAACCCACGCUAUCAUUGAAGUCCCGACCCGCCUAGACAAAGACAAGCUGCGUGACUAUGCUCAGCUCGGCCCAAGAUACGAGGUUGCCAAGCUUACUCAUGCUAUUUCCAUUUUUACUGAAGGCAUCUUAAUGAUGAAAACAACUUUGGUUGGCAUCAUCAAGGUGGACCCAAAGCAGUUGCUAGAAGAUGGAAUAAGGAAGGAACUAGUUAAACGUGUUGCCUUUGCUCUUCACAGGGGACUGAUCUUCAACCCUAGAGCCAAGCCCAGUGAACUGAUGGCCAAACUGAAAGAAUUGGGAGCUACUAUGGAUGGAUUCCAUCGUUCUUUUGAAUACAUACAGGACUAUGUCAACAUCUAUGGCCUGAAGAUCUGGCAGGAAGAAGUAUCCCGCAUCAUAAAUUAUAAUGUAGAACAAGAGUGUAAUAACUUCUUAAGAACAAAGAUUCAAGACUGGCAAAGUAUGUACCAGUCCACACAUAUUCCAAUACCAAAGUUCACUCCUGUGGAUGAGUCUGUAACAUUUAUUGGCCGACUCUGCAGAGAAAUUUUGCGGAUCACUGACCCAAAAAUGACAUGUCACAUUGACCAGCUGAACACUUGGUAUGAUUUGAAAACUCAUCAGGAAGUGACCAGCAGCCGCCUCUUUUCAGAAAUCCAAACCACUUUGGGGACUUUUGGUCUGAACGGGUUAGACAGACUUCUGUGUUUUAUGAUUGUCAAAGAGUUACAGAAUUUCCUCAGUAUGUUUCAGAAAGUCAUCCUGAGAGACAGGACUGUUCAAGAUACUUUAAAAACCCUCAUGAAUGCUGUCAGCCCCCUAAAAAGUAUUGUGGCAAAUUCGAAUAAAAUUUAUUUUUCUGCAAUUGCCAAAACACAGAAGAUUUGGACAUCUUACCUCGAGGCUAUAAUGAAGGUUGGGCAGAUUCAGAUUCUAAGACAACAGAUUGCCAAUGAAUUAAAUUACUCUUGUCGCUUUGACUCCAAACAUCUGUCAGCUGCUCUGGAGAAUCUCAAUAAUGCUGUUCCUUGUGUUGUCUGUCUGUUUUUAUUCAGGGCUCUCCUGGCUGACAUUGAAGCCCACUAUCAGGACCCUUCUCUUCCUUACCCCAAAGAGGAUAACACCCUCUUGUAUGAAAUCACAGCCUACCUGGAGGCAGCUGGCAUACACAACCCUCUGAACAAGAUAUAUAUAACAACAAAGCGUUUGCCCUACUUCCCAGUUGUCAACUUCCUAUUUUUGAUUGCCCAGUUGCCAAAACUUCAGUACAACAAAAACCUAGGGAUGGUCUGCCGGAAACCUGCUGAUCCUGUGGACUGGCCACCACUUGUGCUGGGGCUUCUCACCCUGCUGAAGCAGUUCCAUUCCCGCUACACAGAACAGUUCCUGGCACUGAUCGGCCAGUUUAUCCGCUCCACAGUGGAGCAGUGUACAAGCCAAAAGAUACCUGAGAUGCCUGCAGACGUUGUAGGUGCCCUUCUGUUCCUGGAGGACUAUGUCCGUUACACAAAGCUGCCCAGGAGGGUUGCUGAAGCACAUGUGCCUAAUUUCAUUUUUGAUGAGUUCAGAACAGUACUAUAAGUUUGACUUCCACUUCAAAGCAAAGGUCAUCCCUAAACUUGUACAUCGCAACAAUGACUUCAGGAAUGACAAGAAACACAACUGGUCAGAUAUUUUUCCCUUUAUUGUGGGGAACAUCAGAUGUUCUGAGUAAGGUGUAUCCCAGUACUCGUUAAAAUGCUGUUUAAAUCAUGGUAUUAUUAUGCAAUUUAUAUCAUGUAGAAGCAAAAUGUUUUUAUAAUCCCUCUUAUAAAUGCUGAAUGUAAUUGUUAUGUAUAAAUUCAUUCGUUUUAUGUUCUAAAGAAGUUUGCAACUCCAGAUUUGAGUAAAAUAGUAUUACCAGUA